AUGGCUGCUCCAAGACCGACCUCAAAAUUGCCUCCAGGUGCUAACCGUAUACUCUUCGUCAAAAAUCUUAACUACCAGAUUACCGGGGAAGACUUGUACGACCUCUUUGGUCGAUACGGCAGCAUCAGGCAAAUACGCAUAGGGGAUGAGCAAAAGACGAAAGGGACUGCCUUUGUCGUGUUCGAUGAUGUUAUGGAUGCAAAAAAUGCACUCGAACAUCUAAACGGUUUCCAUCUGCAGGAGCGAUAUAUCGUGGUUCUGUAUCAUAUGCCAGCCAAGCAGGAUGCUGCUGCUGCUAAAGCUGAUCUAGCCCGAAGAGAGGAAGAACUAGCGCAGUUGAAGAAGAAGCAUAACAUCGUAGAUGAUUGA